AAGAAAAAAUACAUGGAUAAAAGUGAAGUUAUCGUCCUUUUGUUUCUGUGAAAUCAGCUUUUGUGGCUUUGAUGACAUUGCCCACCCUGUCUGUCCAUUAAGGUGAUUGCUGCCAAACCUUGCUCAUUUAAUCACGACAUUAACCUAAUUCGAUAGCCGUCAUUAUAUUAAAGUGGGCGCUCGCUGGAGUGUUAAAUGUUAGCGCUGUGAAUGAUGUGUUGAGAAGUGUUGCUGACAUUGUUGUUACAGGACUUACUGGUUUGUGUGUACAUUCAGGGAGAAGUUGUGUGCUCUCCAUUGAUAUCUCGUCACCUGAAGAGCAAAUACUUUGUUAAUGUCAAGCUCAUAUACUCAGUGUGUGUGUGAGUGUGUGUGUUGAGUGAGUGUGUGUGUGUGUGUGUGCAGGAUUGCGUGUGUGGGUCCUGCCUGUUUAUGAAAGUUUGCAAAGUAGACGAGCGCCAGUUUGACUUGCAAAAUAGCGCUCACUUGGAGACUGGAGCUAGGGAGGAAUAACAAUUGUUCAGGAUCAUCAUCUUUCUCUCCCUGUCUCCACUGGUGACCUAACGACCAGCGCCAUGGGUGAAAUGGAGGAAUUGCGGAAGGAGAUGGAAAAUCUGAAAGACCAGAUCACUGCAGCUCGUAAGACGUUUCAGGACUCCACACUGCAGGAGGCGGCGGCCGGCGUCACGGUGGUGGGCCGGGUCCAGCUGAAGACCCGGAAAACUCUGAGGGGUCACCUGGCCAAGAUCUACGCCAUGCACUGGGGCACCGACUCCACGCUGUGUGUCAGCGCCUCACAAGAUGGAAAACUCAUCGUGUGGGACACCAUCACGACCAACAAGGUGAACGCCAUCCCUCUGAAGUCGUCGUGGGUGAUGACGUGUGCGUACGCGCCCUCGGGGAACCUGGUGGCGUGCGGCGGUCUGGACAACAUGUGCUCCAUCUACAACCUGAAGGGCAAAGACGGGAACGUCAAGGUCAUGAGGGAGCUGGCGGCGCACACAGGUUACCUGUCCUGCUGUCGCUUCCUGAGCGACACGGAGAUCAUCACCAGCUCUGGAGACUGCACCUGCGUACUGUGGGACAUCGAGACAGGGACCCAGAAGACGGUGUUCGCGGGACAUCAGGGCGACGCCAUGUCUCUGGGCGUGUCUCCAGACUUCAAGUUCUUCAUCUCAGGAGCGUGCGACUUCACGGCCAAACUGUGGGACAUCAGAGAGGCCGAGUGCAGACAGACCUUCGGAGGCCAUGAGAGCGACAUCAACGCUAUCGGGUUCUUCCCCAAUGGUAACGCGGUGAUCACGGGCUCGGACGACGCCACCUGCAAGCUGUACGACCUGCGGGCCGACCAGGAGCUGCUCACCUACCAGGACUCCAGCAUCAUGUGCGGGGUCACCUCCCUCGCCCCCUCCAAGUCAGGACGCCUGCUGCUGGCCGGGCACGACGACUUCAACGUCAACAUCUGGGACAUGCUGAAGGCCGAGAGAGUGGGAGUGCUGGCGGGUCACGACAACAGGGUGAGCUGCAUCGGGGUCUCCUCAGACGGGAUGGCGUGUUGCACAGGGUCCUGGGACAGCUUCCUGAAGAUCUGGAACUGAGGCUCCUCUUCAUCGAGCAGAGAGAGGAAGAGCGGCCCGGGAGAGAGGGGAGAAGAUUUAAAAAGAAAGAAAA